AUGGGGCUGUUGCCCCCGAGGGGGCUCCUGCUCCUGGAGGGCGUCGCCUUCCUCCUGCUGGCGGUGCGGGGCUCCGGCUCCACCUCCUCCCACUUCGUACGCUACUUCUACAUGGCUUUGUCUGAGCCUGGCCCAGGGCUGCCCCAGUUCAUCGCUGGGGGUUACCUGGAUGACCAGCCCAUCAAUCGCUAUGACAGCAUCUCGAGGAGGAAUGUGCCUCAAACCUCCUGGAUGGAGAAGCUGGAAGACUAUGCGGCUGGAUACUGGAAAGAACAGAGCUGGAAAUUGCAGGGCAACGAGCUGAUGUUCCGAGAGAGUCUGGUGAGGCUGCGGGAUCGCUUCAACCAGAAGAACAGCACAGAUCCAGUUUGUGAUGACUUUUUCUUUAAAAUAUCUGUGGGCACCAAGUUGGUGUUUAUGAGCCAGUCACACAAGGCUUUUUCAGUUUCUCAGGACUUGGCAGAAGAUCACCACAGAUGCCUGGAUACUUACCAUAAUUCGGAUAGUGGGGAUCGACCUUCCACACACAAACACCCCGUAAGCGGUUCCCUCAUCAUCUUCCGCGUGUCUCUUGCAGGGCUCCACAUGUUGCAGGCCAUGUACGGUUGUGACGUGCGGCCAGAGGGGCAGUUCGGUGGGGGGCUUUACCAGUAUGCCUACGAUGGGGAGGACUUCAUCUCCCUGGACAUGAAGACUGUCACCUGGACAGCCCCGAUGCCCCAGGCCAAAGAGACCAUGAGGAGGUGGGAGAACGAGAUCUAUUCAGCCCAGCGCUGGAAGUCCUACCUGGAGGAGGCCUGUGUGGAGUGGCUGCAGAGGUACCUGGACUAUGGCAAGGAGACCCUCCUGAGGACAGAGGCCCCAAUGGCAAGGGUGGCACGCAAGAAGGGCCACGAUGGCCAGGAGACCCUCUUCUGCCAACUCUACGGCUUCUACCCGAAGGAGAUCGAGGUCGCCUGGAUGAAGGACGGGGAGGACCAGAAGCCGGAGACCUAUUCAGGGGGUGUCGUCCCCAACUCGGACGGGACCUUCCACACCUGGCUCAGCAUCGAGGUGGACCCCAAGGAGAGGGACCGCUACCAGUGCCAAGUGGGACACGACAGCCUGCCGGAGCCCCUGGACUUGGCCUGGGAGGAGCCAGCACCCAGUUUGGGGCUCAUUCUAGGCCUCCUGGGUGGCGCCUUGGCUGUUGCCAUCCUAGUCAUCUUCUACAUGAAAAAACAGAAGGAGAAGAGCUACGAAGCAUCAUCAAGUGAGUUGUGUCCCUUCCUCUCUGGGGUGUUCCCUGCAACACAGAAAACGGAGGCAGGGUGUGGGGGUCUGUUGAAGGAGAUGCCUUAG